AUGUGGAAUCUAAUGCCACUUAUACCUCGCCUUGCGGGCUACGCGGCCACUGGCAAAGCAUCGGAACAUGAGUCUUAUAGCAGUACACGUGCGAUAGGGAAAGGACACUAUGGCCCACCACCUCCCGCCCCUAAGGGAAAUUAUGGCCCUCCACCUCCCGCCCCUAAGGGAAAUUAUGGCCCUCCACCUCCCGCCCCUAAGGGACACUAUGGCCCACCACCUCCCGCCCCUAAGGGAAAUUAUGGCCCUCCACCUCCCGCCCCUAAGGGACACUAUGGCCCUCCACCUCCCGCCCCUAAGGGAAAUUAUGGCCCUCCACCUCCCGCCCCUAAGGGAAAUUAUGGCCCACCCCCUGCCCCACCCAAGGGAAAUUAUGGCCCUCCACCUCCCGCCCCUAAGGGAAAUUAUGGCCCUCCACCUCCCGCCCCUAAGGGACACUAUGGCCCACCACCUCCCGCCCCUAAGGGAAAUUAUGGCCCUCCACCUCCCGCCCCUAAGGGACACUAUGGCCCUCCACCUCCCGCCCCUAAGGGAAAUUAUGGCCCACCCCCUGCUCCACCCAAGGGACAAUAUGGCCCUCCACCUCCCGCCCCUAAGGGAAAUUAUGGCCCUCCACCUCCCGCCCCUAAGGGACACUAUGGCCCACCACCUCCCGCCCCUAAGGGACACUAUGGCCCACCACCUCCCGCCCCUAAGGGACACUAUGGCCCACCACCUCCCGCCCCUAAGGGAAAUUAUGGCCCACCCCCUGCUCCACCCAAGGGACAAUAUGGCCCUCCACCUCCCGCCCCUAAGGGAAAUUAUGGCCCUCCACCUCCCGCCCCUAAGGGAAAUUAUGGCCCUCCACCUCCCGCCCCUAAGGGAAAUUAUGGCCCUCCACCUCCCGCCCCUAAGGGAAAUUAUGGCCCUCCACCUCCCGCCCCUAAGGGAAAUUAUGGCCCACCCCCUGCUCCACCCAAGGGACAAUAUGGCCCUCCACCUCCCGCCCCUAAGGGAAAUUAUGGCCCUCCACCUCCCGCCCCUAAGGGACACUAUGGCCCUCCACCUCCCGCCCCUAAGCACCUCCCCCAAGACAUUUCCAGAGUGUUCGUCCUGGCGGCCGUGCUGGCAGCCGCGGCCUCCCUGCCCCAGUCCAGCCACGACCACGUGAUCCAGGAGCGCUCGUACCCCGCCCCCGUCUACGGCCCUCCCCCUCCCCCUCCCCCUCCGUCUAAGGGGAAGGGAGGAGGCGGCGGCAAGGGCUUCUUCGACUUCGACAUCUUCAAGGGCAUCAAGGACCUGUUCAGCUUCGGCAAGGGCAAGGGAGGCGGCCAGGAGUACCACCCUGCCCCCCGCCCCUCGUACGGGCCUCCUCCCCGCCCCGCCUAUGGGCCUCCUCCUGCCCCUCCCAAGGGCAACUACGGCCCGCCCCCCAAGGCUCCCUUCCCGUCCAAGGGUAAGGGCCAGGGCAAGGGCAAGGGCUCUCACGGGCCACCUCCUCGCCCCAUCGCUCCACCCAAGGGACACUACGGCCCUCCACCUCCCGCCCCUAAGGGACACUAUGGCCCACCACCUCCCGCCCCUAAGGGACACUAUGGCCCUCCACCUCCCGCCCCCAAGGGAAAUUAUGGCCCACCCCCUGCUCCACCCAAGGGACAAUAUGGCCCUCCACCUCCCGCCCCCAAGGGACACUAUGGCCCACCACCUCCCGCCCCUAAGGGAAAUUAUGGCCCUCCACCUCCCGCCCCUAAGGGAAAUUAUGGCCCACCCCCUGCCCCACCCAAGGGAAAUUAUGGCCCUCCCCCUCCCCCACCUAAAGGAAACUAUGGCCCCCCUCCUCCUGCACCCCACGGUUCCUACGCCCCCCCUCCCACCCCUGUCGCCCCCUCUCCCUCGUACGGCGUCCCUCAGGCCCCCCAGCCCGGCUACGGCUCCCCUAAGCCAGGAGACAUCAUCGCUCCCUCAGCGCCAGUCCCUGUGCCCUCAGGUAACUACGGACCCCCACCCGUCCCUCUGCCAGUCCCCGUCCCUACUGAUAACUAUGGCCCUCCCCCCGUCCCUGUCCCCGUCCCCUCGAACAACUACGGCCCUCCUCCCGUCCCUACUGAUAACUACGGCCCUCCCCCAGUCCCUACUGAUAACUACGCGCCCCCACCGGUCCCAGUCGCCCCCGUGCCCGCGCCUACAGGCAACUACAAUCCUCCCCCCGUCCCCGUCGCCCCCGUGCCAGCCCCUACAGGCAACUACAACCCUCCCCCCGUCCCUAUCGCCCCUGCCCCUCUCCCUGUCGCCCCCGCCCCCGCCCCCUUCCCGACAGGUAGCUACAACCCCCCUCCAUCCCCCUCGGCUCCCCUGCCCGACCUCAACCGCCCUCUGCCCUCGAAGCCCGACUGCGAAGCCUGCGACCAAGCCCCCUGGGUGCCCAUGGAAGUUUCCGGACCCGUUGUCGUCGCUCCCGUUGCUCCCGUUGCACCUGUUGCUCCAGUUGUCUCCGUUGCUCCCGUUGGUCCUGCCCCCAUUGACUCGGUGGAUGUUGGCCGCGAAGUGUCCUCCCCGGGCAUCAUCGAGAUCUCUCCUCCUGCCCCUGCUUUCGACAUUAGGUUUAACGCAGACGCCCCUGUUGAUGACGAACCCAUUUUCAUCGUAGAAGACGUCUCCCGUGACCCCCGCGUGAUUGAAGGCGGUGUGGCCCUUCCUGUCCUGAAUAACGAGGUCAUCCUUGUAGCCGAAGAACCCGCUACCGAAUCCUUCACAGUGGUGUCUGAUCCUCUUGACGAGCCUGUCUUUAUCACUGAAGGCGUUCCAGCUCCGACCAUCAGCAUCCUUCCUGAAGAUUCCGUCCGCGAUUCUUUUGAUAUCGUUUCUGCAGAAGCCCCGGUGAUCAUCGAUGAUUUCUCGACCGGCGUCCCCCUCCCCGACAUCACCUUCUCCCUCUCGGAGCCCCAGGUCAUCAGCGAGGGUCAGCCCAUCUUCCUCAGCUCCUCCGAAGGGUCAGCAGGUCUCCCCGAGCUGGUUUCGGUUUCCGACGCCCAACUCCAGUCCAUCGGCGAGCCUACCAUCGUGUCCGUGUCCCAGCCCGAGGUGCUGACGGUGUCCGAGCCUGACGUCCCCGCCAUCUACGAGGCCCCGGCGACCUUCCAAGACCCCGUCCUUGCCGACAACCCCGUGACCAUCGCGGACUUCAUCGUGGCCGACGAACCGAUCAACUUUGACAGUUUCAUCCCCGACACCGCCAUUCGCGCCGGAGACUUCGGGCAAGACGUCACCACCGUCGGCCAGGCUCAGUUCGUGGACGAGACCUUCGGCGCCGCGCAGGAUCCCCAGUCCGUCGGGGUGUCCCUUCCCGAGCUCGCUGCCGUGUCCGAGCCCGAAGUUGUGUCCGUGUCCCAGCCCGAGAUCCUGACCGUGUCCCAGCCCGAGAUCCUGACCGUGUCCCAGCCCGAGAUCCUGACCGUGUCCCAGCCUGAGGUCCUGACUGUGUCCGAGCCUGAGAUCCUGACCGUGUCCCAGCCAGAAGGCCAGAGCCUACUGACGGCGACUCUACUUGAUCCAGCUGGCGACGUCCCUUUCUCCGUCAUCCAGCUUGAAGAUGCCCAACCUCCUACCCAAUCCUCCUUUCCCGAUAUUCGCUCACAAGGGGUUCUUCAGGACACCUCGGCCGCGGCAGGUGUCCCCCUCCCCGGCCUGAGUUCCCCCCAGUUCGUAGGCUCUAGCCAGGGAGCGGUCGGUGGUAGCGAGGUGCUGUCCGUUUCCGAGCCGCAGGUGGUGUCCGUGUCGCAGCCGGAGAGCGUGUCCGUUUCCCAGCCGCAGGUGGUGUCCGUCGAGCAGCCGCAGGCAGGCCAGGCUUUCUCUGCUCCCGAAACGAACAUCCAGCAGGCCGUGCUCACGAUGGUCAUCCCCAACGCCCCUGACAUCUUCACGCCCCAGGCCGAUGGGAUUUUGGUGUCCAGCGGCAUCCCGCAGACUUCCCUUCCCGACAUUCGCUCCGAAGGCGAUCUCCAGGCAAUCACGGCUCCGGUGGGCGUCCCCCUCGCCGGCCUGGGCUCCCCCCAGUUCGUAGGCUCCAGCCAGGGCGAGGCCGGCGACAGCCAGGUCGUGUCCAUCUCUGAGCCGCAGGUGGUGUCCGUGUCCCAGCCGGAGAGCGUGUUCAUCUCCGAGCCGCAGCAGGUGUUCGUCGAGCAGCCGCAGGCAGGCCAGGCGCCGCAGAGCAACAUCCAGCAGGCUGUGCUCACCAUGGUCGUGCCCAACGCUCCCGACAUCUUCACGCCUCAGGCCGAUGGCAUCUUGGUGUCCGGCGGCAUUCCUCAGGGGCAGGGAAACAGCCUCGUAUUUCAGGAUACUGUAGGAAUUCUUGAGGAUACUUCCUUCUCCUCCUUCUCCCAGGGCGCCGCUGCUGCCCCUGAUGCCGGCCAACCACAGGCCACUUUCGUCUCCCAGCCAGCAUCCGUUGGAGUGCCCCUGCCGGGACUGAGCUCAGCCCCGAGAGACAGCGGCGCCUCUCAGAUCACGCAGGUGUUCCCUUCGGUCGGUAAUCUCGCACCAUUGAGCACGGGCGGAGUGCCCCUCAGUGCCGUCGCACCCGCUCAGAACUUCCCUCCUCCCCCCGCUUUCCCCGCCGUCGAGCAGGCCGACCCCCAGGCCUUCGGCAGCGGCUCCAUCGUGCAGGUGCCCCUCUCGGGCUCGGGCUCCGUGGGCCAGGACGCCUCCAUCUUCCCGAACAACCCCGGCCAGAGCCAGGUGAUCCCCGUGUCCCCCGUUCAGUUCAACUCCGUGUCUGAGCCCCAGUUGCUCCAGUCCUUCUCCUCGGCCGCCGUGCAGGAUGCCAUCGGCGUGCCCCUCGCUGCCACCUCCCCCCAGGUGAAGACCCCAGACAUGAGCGCCCUCCCCUUGGCUGACCCCUCCUCCUCCUCCUCCUCCCCAUCCUUCCCCCCCUUCUCCCAGGACCCCCAGCAAGUCGCCCCGCCAUCCAACGCUCUCCUUGACUCCGCUGCGGCAGAUGUGAUUCAGGAAGUCCCGUCACCAACCCUCACCAAUGACUUCGACCUCCGGGUUGAGUCAGCACCUCAGGAACCCGAUCAGCUGUACUCGCCCCCUGCCACCGACACCUCUCUCACUGACACAAUCGACGUACGCACAGCAGGCCAGUCCUCCGGCGCCGCUAACACAGCAAAGAGUCUAACCCUAACCCAAAGCGCGAGCGCGGCCUCGGGCCAGGCGGCCGGGCCCAGGCUGCGGCCGCUGGUCGUGCGGCGGAAGCCCGAGGACGGAGCGCCCCGCCGGGUCAGGAACUUCAAGCCGUUCGACAGCGCCGAGGCGGGCUUCGAGUACAGCGCCCCGGGCCAACGGGUCCAGAUCGUCUUCGGGAACCGCUCGCCCAGGACCCGAUUCGCAGGUGAGGAGACCGUUCGCGAGACGCGCGGGACCGCCAGGUCCGUGAGGGUCGGCGGCGCGGGCAACUCGCUGUCCUCGCGCGCCCAGACCAAGGUCUCCGCGGGCACCAAGCCGGUCGUCGCGGAGGAAAAGCAAACUAGGUUUACCGCCCGGACCACCACCGAGGCCGAACCCACUACCACCACAACCACCACCACCACUACCACUACCACAACUGAACCUACAACCACAACGACCACCACCACUACCACCACAGCCAGACCGACAACCACAACCACAACCACUGUCCGACCGACCACCACGACCCCCCCGCAGCCUUCGACCACGACCGAAGAGGAGGUAGAGGAGACCGAGGCGCCCACCACGCCCGCGACCCCAGAGGUCUCGCCGUCGACGCCCCGCGGAGUGAUCCUGCGCAAGCGUAUCCGCCCCCUCGCCCGCCGCCCCUUCUCGCAAAGGACUCCCGGACGCUUCGCCGGAAGGCCCAACGGCACCCUCAGGCGGCGCCCCAGCGUCUCCGUCAUCCUCGCGGGCGACCUGAAGAAGAGCAACGCCAAGGACGCCACGGGGGAGAAAGCCGCAGGUACCGUGAAGGAGGUGGAGCGCCAGGAGGUGACUGAGGUAGAGCAGGAGGAGGCCCCGGCGGAGGCUCCUCCUGCCGAGAAGGCUGACGAGGAGCAGACCAUCACAGGCGUAGUGGACGUGCGGGCCGGCGCCUCGGGCAAGUCGCUCUCGGACGUGCAGCCGCAGAGGAACAACAUCGGCUUCGUGUUCCCCCAGAGACGCGACCCAAUCCUGCCCUUCGGAGCUCGCCUGGACCGAAGAAGACCAGGAACAUUCUUUACUAACACCAGAACUGGUAACUAACUAACUAACCAACUCCCCCUACCACCCUACCUCCCUGCCCACCCCUGCCCCUCCCCGGCCC